AUGGAGCAUUUGACAACGCUGUUUGACCACUAUCAACAAAACUGCGUUGUUUUCAACCCGUCUAAGUGCGUCUUCGGUGUUUUCCCCGUCGAAUUUCUCGAUCAUCUGGUCGACUUCCGUGGCAUCCAUCCUCCUCGCUCGAAGGUUACGUCCAUCCGUGAUUUUCCUCCUCCCUCUUUCAAACGUCAGCUGCAGCGACUUCUGGGUAUGGUCACUUUCUACCGCCAUUUCCUCCCUCACUGUGCCGGCACCAUGCUGCCGCCCACGAGCCUCCUCUUGGUUUCCAAAGGUUCGUUCGAGCUGUCUGCAGACCCCCUCACUGCUUUUGAUAAAGUGAAGGCUGCCCUGGCCGACGCCAGCCUCCUUACCCAUUUUUCUCCCGAAGCUCUCAUCUCCUCUAAUGUUGCAGUAGGCGCGGUUCUCCAACAGCACCUUGCAGGUAGCACCCAACCCUUAGCUAUCUUCUCCAGUAAGUUAUCACCUGCCGAGACGCGCUAUAGCAUAUUUGGACGGGAGCUCCUUGCUGUCUUCCUCGCUGUGAAACACUUCCGGCACUUUAUGAGGGCAGGAACUUCACUGUCUUCACGGUUUACAAGCCCAUUUCGUUAGCUCUCAAGUCCACGUCUGAUAAGCUCAAGCCCCGGAAAAUUCGCCAACUGGACUACAUCUCACAGUUUACCUCAGACAUCUGCCACAUCGACGGGUCACGCAAUGAGGUGACUGACGCACUGUCCAGGCCCUCCAUCGCACAUAACCAACUUUCACCGGGGAUCAAUCUAGCUAAUGUGGCUGUCGAACAACUCCGUGUCGAUUCACCCUGUGAUGAGGAUGUUUCCAGACUCCAACUUCAGGAACUACCACUAACAACUGGGAACGACACCAUUUUAUGCGACGUAUCCACCCCUUCCAAUCAUCCAUUUGUGCCACCAUCUCUCCACCGCAAAGUUUUCUCCUCCCUUCAUAACCUCUCUCAACCUGGGAGUCGAGCAAUCGACAAGCUGGUUUCCGACCGCUUCGAUUGGCCUAGGAUUCACAAGGACCUCAAGGCAUGGACACGGGCUUGUAUAGCACUGUCAACGGAAUAAGAUCCAGCGGCACAACAAGGCCCCCAUUGGCACCUUCCCCGGCUCUGGUGCAAGAUUCAGCCAUGUUCACCUGGACAUUGUAGGCCCCCUGCCUCUUUCCAAUGGCUGUUCCUAUUUCCUUACCUGCAUGGAUCGAUUUACCCGGUGAUCGGAAGCUAUUCUCCUGCCUGCUGUUGCUGCUACAAUGGUCGUUAAAGCUUUCCUCAGUCGUUGGGUUGCCAUUAUCGGUGUUCCCUCCACUAUCACGACUGACCCCGGUGCCCAAUUGGAAUCCAACCUCUUACAGUGUCUUCUCUUCUUUUUGGCUGUACUCGCAUCCGCUUUACUGUCUAUCAUCCGGCAGCCAAUGGGAUGGUCGAGCGGUUUCACCGCCAGCUGAAGCCCUCCCUACACGCCGCAGACGAUCCGGAGAACUGGACGGACCACCUCCCCUUCUUCCUGCUGGGCAUUUGCUCCUUCCUCAGAUCGGACCUUUAA